AUGGAAGGAAAAGGAAACCAUUGUUGUGUAACGUUUAGGUGGGAGCGAAAACGGUUUGAUAUUGCAGUAAGAAAAGUAGUAGAAAAGCUAUAUGCGAACGUUCCUUUUACAAAAAGCAUAGGUCUUCAAAAUUCAGAGGAGCAUACAAGCGAGCUGGAACAUUCAAUAUGGUCUGAAAUGCCCAUGCAUAUAGUAGAGAGGAUACUGCAAUUCUUACCAGUCGAAUCUAUCUAUAGUUUGCGCACUGUAUCAAAAGAGUUCAAUGCUCUUUUACCAUAUUCAUCUUCAUUUCUUGCUUUCCGCAUAUAUCAUCACGAGUGUAUGGCCUACUCUUUCUUGACAGGAAAAUGGAAGACUCUUUCCCUCACUUUGCAGCCCAGAAUUCGUCAGAGAAUUAUCUUUAUAAAGGUGGAAGGAUCAGGGAGGGGUCUGCUUUUACUGAAUCAUCUAAUGUCCCGAAAACUAUACAUUUGCAAUCCACUCAAUGGAUCUUAUUCUGAGCUUGAUAAGAUAUUGAUCAUGAAAGAAAGAUAUGUGGCAGCAAUCUUGGAUGGCGAAGAGAGGAACUCCUACAAGAUUGUAACAGUUUCAUGCCAGAAUAUUGAAGUUUAUGACUCUUCUAAGAAAUCAAUUAGGGUUGUUGAUAAAAUUCCAGCUGGUUAUUAUCUAUUGGAGAGGGUAUGGUAUAAUGGGAGUUUAGUUCUAGGGUUGGGAAAGAAGAAUCCUCCCUCAAACAGGACUGGUGAGUCUUACAUAGGGUUUUAUAGAAUUUGGGAUUCUAUGCCCAUUGUUUUAGUGCCAUUGCCUGUACAGAACUAUAGGUAUUUUCGACUGCUCGCAUGCAGGUCGUAUCUUAUAGUGGUAGAAGCAAUUGCAGGAAACCCUACUUCUGUAGUUUUAUGGGAGUUUGAUAGGAAUCCCUCUUCUCCUUUGUCAUUUUGGAAAGAGAUUGCAAGAGUUUCUAGAUUUAUUGGAGUCGACAUUACUACUAUUCUUAGUAGCUGUGUGGGCGUUGGGGACUUUAUAUGCUUCAAAUGCUUUAAAUUUCAUAGAGUUCUUGUAUAUGAUGUAAAGCUAAGGUCCUGGAAUUUUCUUCCUGAGUCUCCUUUUGAACUAAAAUAUGCAUCCGAUCUUAUACCAUUUGAACCAAGGUUCGAUCUAAUACUGUAA